CCCAGCCUCCUCCUCCUCCACCCUCUUGGUAAUGUCGUUCCAGCCCCCGGGCGACGACCCCAGACCGGGCUCGUCGAACAUCACCUCGGCAUCGGCAACCUCCGCCUCGCCGACCACGCCGCCGACCCAGAGCCAGAGCCCGCGCCUGAUCCUCGAUGCGCGCCCGCUGCCAAAGGGCGCCGCCUGCUCGGCGUGCAAGGAACGCAAGAUUAAAUGCUCAGCGCAGAAACCGCGCUGCACAAACUGUAUCCGCUUCGGGCGGACAUGCGAGUAUCCAGGCAAGAAGGCGCCGCGGCGUAGCGGCGUCACGCGGACAGUGAGCGGCGACGCGGGCUUCUCCCCGAUGGAGUUGGACGCGCCGCGCUCCUCGGCGCUCUUCCUCGCCCCCGAGCCCGUGCAUCAUGCCGCCCCCUCGCUACCAGCGUCAACGCCAGGACGGAGCGUCUGCACCACGCCGCAUGCCCACACCCACGGUCACGGAUCCGACCCGCUCACGUCGACCCAUUAUGCCGACUGCCCCAUCGCGCAGGGCAUGGCCAAGACCGCCGUUCAGUCUCAGACCGGAUUGACACAGGUGUCUUCUCUUCCCGCGCCGCCAGGCCACGAGCCGGUACCGCCACCGCCCCCGCCGCGCGCACCCCGCCUUCCUCCGCCCCCGCCUGCUGCGUCGCUCUCCUCGUUCCUGCCUUCCCUCGGCGGCAACCUCGAGGACGACCAGGACCUCCCAGCCCACUGGGACCAGGUCGACUUCUCAUGGCUCCUCAACCUGCCCAACGAGGGCACGACGGACCUCGCUGACAUGGACCCCGAGACAGAGGAACACUGCUACCGCCUCUACUUCUCCAACCAGCGUUCCACUGGGCUUGAGAUGAACGUCAGGAGGUUCUACGAGCGCUUGAAGAGCCAGGUGCCGGAAGAGAAGCCACACGUGUCACUCCGCAAUGCAAUGUUCCUUGUCGCUUGCAGGGCCUCGCCCUACGAGUACAUUCGCCUUCGAGAAGAUGCGUUCCUGGAGGCCGUGCUUGCUGCGAUUGACGAAGGGAUACAGCAUGCCCGCGCGCUCCCGUUCGCCUUGUUUGACGUCAUGCGAGCAACGGUACUAGUCACAGAGUGGUUCUGGCGACAAGGCCGCCACUCCGAGGCGAUUAUCAUGGCGUCAAAGGGCUGCCGGUCAGCCAUUGCCUCAUGCUAUGAUCAGAUCGUCUCCGCUACCAAGCUGCCAGAAACGGUGUUCAUGAACCUUCGCCGCAGGCGAGAGCCGCGCGACUUGAUCCCAAAUGACUGGGCGGGUCUAGCGGAGAGGAUCUACGGAUUUUGGUCUGUAGCGCUUUUGGACAUUUCGGCGGCGGUGGCGACUGGAAUCCCCGGCGACCUCGACCUCGACGCGAUUCGCACCCCGUUCCCAAGGCCAUGGGAUACUUACGGCGCCGCCGACCCCCCGGCUGACCAGUUCUUGUGGGACCUCUUUGACCCGACGUUCGUGCCUCCGGAGCACGAGGCCGACCUCGCUCGGCUGGCCAAGGCGACGGCGCUGCUUCACUACGCCGUGUUCAAAGUCCACGCACACGCCAAUAACCCGAACUCGUGGCCCAACGUGAAGAGGACACCGUUCAGCCAGGCCGUCGGCGUUACCCAGGCCCGGCAGCUGAUUGAGGCCGCGAUCCAGCGGUUCGUUCAGCACCUGCCUGCCGAGUGCAAGACUACCACCACGAACGAGGAGGGGCAGACAGCCAUCAGCUCGCGGGCAGCAACCUUGAACAUCCUCAUCCUUGCGGCCAAGAUGUUCCUGUACGACUCCAACUCUUACGACACGCCAAACCCCAAGGCGCUGUACUAUGCGCGGCAGUGUGUCGACAUUAUCCGGCUACUUGAUCAGAAUCAACUCCCGUCACUGGGUGUCACCAUCCAUAUCAUGUGGAUGCUGGUCGGCAAGAUCCUCACACGCGAGGUCAAGCGUCUCCGCCGCGACGGCGAGGAUCUCGCCAUCCCCGCGCUCGAGAGCGACAUUGAGGUUAUCCUUGCGGCCAUGCGCAAGAUUGGCGAGACGUCGAUCCUAGUCCUACUCGAGGCCGAGAAGCUCGAGCUCAUGAGGCAAGGCCCGCCGAGCGACAUCGACCCUACAGACUUCGCGUUGCGCGACGCCGAGUUGAUGGAUGUGGCCGAACCUCAUGCCACCCCCGCCACGUCGGCCGGCGUGAGCGCGACGCCUCGGUGAUACCAUGCACUGCCAUUACCCAGCUACAACUAUACUAUAUAACACACAGGCGCAGACUGUCCGACACUAACUGAUCGCCUUCCACCUGACAAAGUGCUUGACGCCAUACCCGGCCAAAAAGUUCCUGCUCACGAUCCACUCCUCCAUCAUCUGGUCCAUGGUCAUCCCCUCUUUGGCGCCGGCGAUGACCUCCUUCGCGCGGGCCUUGAGCGCAACCUUGUCUCCCGCCUCGUCAUACAGGCGCUUGCGCUCGGCGGCGCUGAGGACCCCCGGAGGGGAGAGCAUGCCGAGGAUGUGGAGCAUGAUCUCGGGCGGGAGACGCGGCGGGCCCUCGGCGCGGAGGAGCGGGUUGUCCGACGUGGCGGCCUCGCCGCCCCAGAUCCACGUCGACCAGGCAUCCGUCUUGCUCAGCAACCCGGCGUUAGUCGCACGCAUGAUGAUACGGGCCGGCACAAGCGUGUCCCUGAUGGCGCGGCGCACCUCGUUCGCUGGGGUCGCGUUGCCGUCUAUCCUGUUAUCGAGCGCGCGGCGCGCCUCGGGGCUCGCAAAGCCCAUGAAUACGUCGCUUGGCCGGCAGAGCUUGCCCUUGCCAUUGCGCACCCAGAAGCCCUUGCUGUCGGCGGUGCACAUGGUCCCGCGGCACAUGCAGAAGUGGUGCAGGCCCUUGUGCUUUGUGAGCGCGUCGAGCAGCGGCGCGAGGUUUUCUUCUGUCGGCACAGUCUCGUAGCUGUCCUUGGGGUACUUGAGCCCCGAGAAGCUGAGCGCCGUGACGGUCGCGCCGGCCGUGGAGAGCCACUUGACGAUCGAGGGGACCGAGUCGACGUCGAGCGCGUCGGCAAAGAUGAGCGUCUUGAUGCUCGGCACGUAGAACUGGUCGAAGAAGCGUUUCUGGAAGUCGGCGUUGCAGCCGUCCGACGUGAGGUGGAUGACGAGGUGCGUCAGGGCAACCUUGUUGAGGCAGCUGACGAUCCACCAGGCGGUCGAAUGCCCACUCAUGAACGAGUAGUACAUCUUGCCGCUGAGCACCAGGCUCUCUUGUCCCGUCGCGAGCGUGUCGUACCCCGGCCACAUGGGCUUGGGCUUGAGGAACUCGUGGCGGGCAUGUCCGAGGUCACGGAGCGUCGCGAGCGGGUCGACGCGCCGGCCCCAGGCGUUGCGCGGCUGGCGCGGCGCGACGGCCAUGAAGAGGGCGUCGAGGUCUGUGGAGACACAUGCUGGGGUGCAAGGCGCUGGCUGGGUGCUCCGGCCGCAGAGUUAUGUACCCAUCGCCU